AUGCUAGAGACUGGUUGGGCAGCGAUAGUGGUUAAACGGCCUGAUUCUUUAUUAAGGAAGAUUACAACACAGGGGAGAUGCCACAGGAGAGAUGACAUAGGGGGUUAUGACACCGGGGGUUAUGGCACAGGGGGAGAUGACACCGGGGGUUAUGACACCGGGGGUUAUGGCACAGGGGGAGAUGACACCGGGGUUAUGACACAGGGGUUAUGGCACACGGGAGAUGACACAGGGGAGAUGACACAGGGGGUUAUGACACCGGGGGUUAUGACACCGGGGGUUAUGACACCGGGGGUUAUGACACCGGGGGUUAUGACACCGGGGGUUAUGGCACAGGGGAGAUUACACAGGAGGGGAGAUUACACAGGGGGUUAUGACACCGGGGGUUAUGACACCGGGGGUUAUGACACCGGGGGUUAUGACACCGGGGGUUAUGGCACAGGGGAGAUUACACAGGGGGGGGAGAUGACACCGGGGAUUAUGGCACAGGGAGAUGACACCGGGGGUUAUGACACCGGUAGUUAUGACACCGGGGGUUAUGGCACAGGGGAGAUUACACAGGGGGUUAUGACACCGGGGGCUAUGACACCGGGGGUUAUGACACCGGGGGUUAUGGCACAGGGGAGAUUACACAGGGGGGGAGAUGACACAGGGGGUUAUGACACAGGGGGAGAUGACACAGGGGGUUAUGACACAGGGGGUUAUGGCACAGAGGGAGGUGACACAGGAGGAGAUAACACAGAGGGAGAUAACACAGAGGGAGAUAACACAUGGGGCGGUGAUAACACAACAGAAAGGAAGAUAACACUUCCAGAGGGAGAGGAAAAGGGAGUCAGGGAGAGAUAA